UGUCUCUCUCAGCAAUCCAGGACGAGUCUACUUGAGAUCAACCCUACUUCAUCCCCCUACACUUAGCUUUCAUUACAUUUAUGUCCACUUCUCUAACCGCGUUGCAGUACGAGUAAUACAGGCAGCUGUGUCGCAUUUCAUGUUUGUUUCGCCCAUUCUGUGAUAGCCACCACCUGGAGUCCAGCAUAAGUAGCUAUCUGUAUCCGAGGCGAUCAGGUCGUUUUGACUCUUGUGCGAAUUGGUAGUCACAGCUGCCUCACACUCCCUCAAUACCAUUCCCUUGUUCUCGUGCCCAAGAGUAGCAUAUUUCUUUUGAAGCGGUUUUUCAGCUGCCCUCUCAUUCGCACAGUUCAAAUGAUGUAGUCGUUUUAGUCUGCAACAUACAGCUUUCGCUCCUUAAGCGUGGUAUCCAGUGGUCCCGCCGCAAUUUUGCCGUCUGGAAUGUUAGUCGUUUCAUGGCCGCAAGCUGCUGACCACUGUUGCGAUUCGUGGAGUGCUUCGUGUCGGUGAGGUGAUACAGUGAGUUGCACCCGCAGACUAUUUAUCGUCUGACGUCUCUGAUUGCGAAUGUGGUUGAACUAGAGAUAGUGGCCUCAGGAAGUCGUCCAGUAGUCUUCUCAGCAGGCGCUGCACUCGGAGUUCUUGACGAAGGUUGCACUGACCGCCACCAUAUCUGGAUGUAAGAACAUGUUUGGAGGGAUUUUCCAGCUGUGAGCGAGGAAUCUAACCAGCAGCUGAUAUAGAACGGGGUUAGUAUGAGGUGGAGAAGACGUUGCGAUUGGCAGUUACCAAUUCAAUUGCAAGAGUGACUCAUUCACUACAGUUUGAUAUCAAUUGCUCGUGAAAUGCGUUUUGAGCUGUAUAAUCAGCUACUCGAAAAAUUGAUUCUAGAGCUGAAUGAGGAGCUAGAUUAGUGAAUAUAGCAGACUUACAGGGACAUCAGCUAUAUCUGGUAACCCUGAAAGUGUUAAUCAUGCACGGCUUUCGCGUCGCAGUCUUCCUACUUCUGAUUCAUAUGGCCAUGGCGGCCCCAGGCAGUUGGCAGCUGCUGAUGAACGACUCUGGGAUAGCGUCCAUGCACACCGUGGUGCUGCACACCGGGACGGUGCUAUUCCUGGACAGAACCAACGUGGGCCCGUCGCACAUCAGGCUUGCCGAUGGCAACUGCCGCAACAGCACCUCCGAAAUGGUAUCGCCAUAUGACUGCUUCGCGCACUCGGUGGAAUUCACGCCAGGGCCCAACACAGUACGUCCUCUGACUAUCCAAACCGAUACCUGGUGCAGUUCGGGAGCCGUCGUUGCGGACGGCACUCUUGUACAAACUGGAGGGGACUUCGACGGGUCCAACAAAAUUCGAUACUUCAAGCCUUGCGCUUCAGGAGCUAAUUGCGACUGGGCGGAAGAUUCGACGACUACGUUGCAGACACGGCGAUGGUAUGCCACCAACCAGGUGCUGGCGGAUGGAUCUAUCCUGGUGGUGGGAGGCCAGAAUGUAUUUACGUACGAGUUUGUGCCAGGGCGGCCGGCGGGUCAGGUGGCGUUACCCUUCUUGCAGGAGACCCACAAAGUGUUCGGAGACGACCAGAAUCUGUACCCGUUUCUGCACUUGUUGCCCUCCGGCAAUGUCUUUAUCUUCGCUCGGCGCGACUCUAUUCUGCUUGACCCCAACUCUGGGAACAUCCUGCGCAAGUAUCCCUCCAUAGAAGGUGAACCCCGCAAUUACCCCACGCAGGGUUCCUCCGUGAUGCUGCCUCUGGACAAUGCCGACGGUUUCACCAAGGCUACCAUUCUGGUGUGCGGGGGUGCCAACGACAAUGCCUACUCCGACCCCAAAACGCAGUACCCCGCAUCUCAGACGUGCGGGCUUCUGGAAGCAACGGCUGCCGAUCCACAAUGGACCAUGCUGAACAUGCCUUUCCCACGCGUGAUGAGUGACAUGAUCCUGCUCCCCAACGGUCGCGUGCUGCUCAUCAACGGAGCCCAGAAAGGCUCUGCAGGGUGGGAAUUUGCCAGCGAUCCCGCGCUCAACCCCGUGAUCUACAACCCAACGGAUCGCUCCUUCGAGGUGCAAGCAGGGACCUACAUUCCCAGGAUGUACCAUUCCACGGCGGUACUGUUGCCCAGCGCCCAAAUUCUGGUUGCCGGUUCCAACACGCACCAGUUCUACACAUUCAAGGAGCCAUAUCCCACUGAGCUCCGAGUUGAAGCAUUUUUGCCCGAUUACUUGCAUAGUAGCUUCGAUUCUCAGCGGCCCACCGUCAAAUCAGCUCCCUCCCAGAUAGCAUACGGGUCUACAUUCGUAAUGACGGUAACGGUGCCAGCGCCGAAAGGGGGCUUUCAGCUGCGCCUGGCGAGUACCCCCUGGGCCACGCACUCGUUCUCGCAAGGGCAACGGCAGUUGGCACUUGCAAUUGGGAUGGUGACCAUUACCGACGUCGACGAGUACAGUAUCACUGCCACAGCUCCCCCCCACGCGGCGGUAGCGCCUGCGGGCUACUACAUGCUCUUCGCUGUGCAAAAUGAUGUCCCCGGUUUUGCAUCGUGGGUGCAAGUCAUUUGGAAUCAGCCCAAUUGACUUAUCGUCCAUAUUCACGUAGUACAGCGUGAUUAGUUAUAUAAUUGCACUAACAUUAUCUUCCACAAAUGGUCCUUCUGAAAUGCUUUAGAAUCCACUUGGUUACUUGCUUUCCCCCGCGCAAAUAGGAGCUAAUGCAGGGCAAAUAAUGUUUUAUUUUGGAACCAGAGUUGUCUGAUGAAUCCAUGAGUUCGAGCCUGGCUAUAUACAACUGAAAGACUUGUGCGAAUCGACGCAACGACAUUCUGUUUGGCUGCGUGACACUAAUUCGUGUGAGAAAAUGCCAUUUGAAUUGAAAUGUCCAGCAGCUUUCGGAAUUAUGAAGAAUUUAUUCAAUAUAGCCCUAUGAAUCAUGAUGCAGCAGGAUAUUUCUUGGUCCUUGGCAUGUCGCUGUGAAGAGCAUAAUUGCAUCUGUGUAACACCACCUGGUUCAAAUAGUACUGAUUUUCGAAAA